UCCAAUGAGAAGGUGCCCUAGGAGCCCAAGCCUAACCCCAAACCAGAAAUAUUGACAGAAAAGAAAAAGAACAAAGAAAGAUGGAGAAAGGCAAAGGAGUAAUGGGGUCCGGCCGAAGAUGGGCCGUUGAUUUCUCCGAUAAUUCCACCGCUCCGUCGUCUCGUGACAUCCCCGAUCCCCUCGGCUUCAAUCGUGCCUCUGUGGAUCAGGACGAUUCGACUGUGAGUCGCCAAAAGAAGGAUGCUGAAUCCAAUUGGAAAGCUCAGAAAGCUUGGGAAGUGGCACAAGCACCAUUCAAGAACUUGCUAAUGAUGGGCUUCAUGAUGUGGAUGGCUGGAAAUACAGUGCAUCUCUUUAGCAUUGGUAUCACUUUUUCUGCACUUUGGCAGCCUAUAAGUGCCCUUCAAGGUGUUGGGAAAGUUUUUGAGCCUUAUAAAGACAGUAAAGUAGAACUUCUUGGACCUAAGUUGCUUUUCAUUGCCCUUAACUUGGGUGGUCUAGCACUUGGUGUUUGGAAGCUUAACACUUUGGGGCUUCUUCCAACACAUGCAUCAGACUGGGUGUCAUCCUUACCCCCUGCUCAGGAGGUAGAGUAUUCGGGAGGAGGCAUUCCUCUAUAAUAACGUAUUUGUUCAUCGUUGGCUCCAUGAUCAAUUUAUGGAGGCAGUGAGUGGACUUAAGGGAAGGCUGGUGGAACUUGUGACGUUCUGUUCUGUUUUCUUUAGCUGAUGGAGAACACUACAUAUUUUUAUCUUAAACUUUAUGAAACAUGUCGCAUGACAUGAUUAUGAACAUAGGUUUGUUUUAUUUUGCGACUUGAGAACGGAUUAACAUCAAAAAUAAAAAAUUAUGUUCGAGGUAAUAUUUUUCUUAUUA